CGCCUACGGUGACUCCACUAGGUCAAAACACACUGUAAGCCGCGUUGCUACCAAGCGUUUUCGACACAAUGGCGAGGUAGUGGAAAAAUGGGUAGUCUGGCGUCUCGGCUAAAAGAAGAAACCGUACGUUUUGUUACCGGUCUCCGCUUAUUGCCAUUGAUUGAUAGCGACGGAAUGCUUGUCAAUUAGAGGGACCACAUGAAGAGAGGAGCGUACGUUCCGGUGGUGGGGUUCAUGGAGACUGCUACGUAUGCAGCAGACAGCUUACAUCGGGACCAAAAGCGGGUUGAAGGAGAAAGAGGCUUUCAUAGUACCAUGAGAGCGAGUGAACUCAGUUUUCAUGAGAAGCGAGAAACAAUUUAACGGUUUUUGCUUGACAUAGACGCUGCGUUGGGAACAGCGAGAAUAGGCAACGAGGCGAAUCCGAGUUGGGUCAAGUUUUGGGGAAUGGCAGGUCGAAGCCGAAGAGCAUGGUUUAGUGUUCUGUUGGGGCUGGUUGUCGGGUUUACCCUUGCUUCCAGACUCAUAUUGCCGAAGGCUACAGAGUUGAAGAAAUCUGGUCAGAAACGCAAGGCGAACCCAGCCGGUUGCGGGUUGAACGGGGGACUGAGAAGAGAAUACGGUGGUGUACUAUGGCCCCCGCAAGAUAACGGAUUUUCGGCGACGGAGAAGACAAUCCCGAGGUCCAAUAAUUUCCUUUUCGUCGGUGUGAUGACCGCCCAGAAGUACCUGAAUAACCGCGCCGUCGCGGCACAUAGAACGUGGGCACAGACCAUCCCAGGCCGUGUGGAAUUCUUCUCCAGCGAGGGCUCAGACACGACCAUCCCUAUCCCCAUCGUGGCACUGCGCAACGUGGACGACUCGUACCCACCGCAGAAGAAGUCCUUCAUGAUGCUCAAGUACAUGCAUGACCACUACCUAGACCAGUACGAGUGGUUCAUGCGAGCCGAUGACGACGUUUACAUAAAAAGCGAGCGCCUGGAGGGCUUCCUCCGCUCGCUCAACAGCAGCGAGGCCAUCUUCCUGGGCCAGACCGGUAUGGGUGCCCGUGAUGAGCUGGGAAAGCUGGCCCUGGAACCCGGUGAGAACUUCUGCAUGGGCGGCCCCGGCGUGAUCAUGAGCCGAGAGGUGCUGCGCCGGAUGGUGCCCCACAUCGGCCAGUGCCUGCAGGAGAUGUACACCACGCACGAGGACGUGGAGGUGGGACGCUGUGUGAGGAGGUUUGCCGGCGUGCAGUGUGUCUGGUCCUAUGAGAUGCAGCAGCUGUUCUAUGAGAACUAUGAGCCCAACAAGAAAGGAUACAUCCGUGAUCUCCACAACAGCAAGAUCCACCGGGCCAUCACCCUGCACCCCAACAAGAACCCUCCCUACCAGUACCGACUGCACAGCUACAUGCUCAGCCGCAAGAUCGCCGAGCUCCGCCACCGCACCAUCCAGCUCCACCGCGAGAUCGUACAAAUGGGACGCUACGGGGCAGCCGAGCCCAGCCGAGAGGACCUCCAGCUUGGCAUGCCCCCGUCCUUCAUGAGGUUCCACCCUCGGCUCCGCGAGGAGGUCCUGGAGUGGGAAUUUCUGACGGGCAAGUACCUGUUCUCCUCGGCUGAUGGUCAGCCCCCCCGCCGUGGAAUGGACUCCUCCCAACGCCUGGCCCUGGACGACAUCAUCAUGCAGGUGAUGGAAAUGAUCAAUGCCAAUGCCAAAACCCGGGGACGGGUGAUUGACUUCAAGGAGAUCCAGUAUGGCUACCGGCGAGUCAACCCCAUGUACGGGGCAGAGUACGUUUUGGACCUGCUGCUGCUCUAUAAGAAGCACAAAGGCAAAACAAUGACGGUACCGGUUAGGAGACAUGCCUACCUCCAACAGACCUUCAGCCAGAUCCAGUUCAGAGAGGAUGAGGAGAUGGACGCCAGGCUGCUAGCCGGCCGCAUCAACCAGGACUCCGACUCCCUGUCCUUUCUCUCCAACUCCCUCAAGAUGUUUGUGCCCUUCAAGUUGUCCGGCUCUAGCCAAGACCAAAAAGAGCCCAAGGAGCCAAAGGUCAACAUACUGGUGCCUCUGUCUGGACGGUAUGACAUCUUUGUCCGCUUCAUGUCUAACUUUGAGCGGGUGUGCCUGAUCCCCAACCAGAAUGUCAAGCUGCUCAUCCUCCUCUUCAAUGCCGACAACAACACAGAGCGGGUGAAGCAGGUGGAGCUUAUGAGAGAAUACCACAUCAAGUACCCCCGGGCCGAGAUGGAGAUAAAGCCUGUGUCCGGUUCCUUCUCCCGAGCCCUGGCUCUGGAGAUGGGCUCAGCCCACUUUUCCAACAACUCGUUGCUCUUCUACUGUGAUGUGGACCUGCUGUUUACAGCCGACUUCCUCAAGAGGUGCCGGGGUAACACGGUCCUGGGGGAGCAGAGCUACUUCCCCAUCAUUUUCAGCCAGUAUGACCCCAAGGUGGUGUACGGCGGCAAGGUGCCCAGUGAGAACCACUAUGUGUUCACUGCCAAAACUGGCCUGUGGCGCCACUACGGCUUCGGCAUCGUUUGUGUGUACAAGGGCGACCUGGUCCGAGCCGGCGGCUUCGACACCUCUAUCCAGGGCUGGGGCCUGGAGGAUGUGGACCUAUUCAACAAGUUUGUCCAAUCAGGGAUCCGGCUGUUCCGGAGCACGGACACGGGGAUCGUUCACGUUCACCAUCCGGUGGCGUGCGACCCCAGCUUGGAGGCGAAGCAGUACAAGAUGUGCCUGGGCUCCAAAGCCUCUUCGCACGGCUCGACACAGCAGCUGGCUGAACUGUGGCUCGAGAAGAACGACCGUGGCUUCCGGAAGCCUGGGAGCUCCAAUAACGGAUCGGUUAGGACAGCGUGAGAAAGUACCCUGGCCAGGACGACGACAAUAAAACAAAACAAACUAUCUGGGACGUCCCAGGGCUGGGUUCUUUUUCCCCUGUUUCGAUGUCUUAGUGGCGUUUUUUAAACUACCUAAUUUAUUUUUUACAGAAACAAACAAAGACGUAUGUGGAUAUAUUUUGGAGAAAUGCUUUUUUUAGAUAAACAAAAAAAAAAAAACGGUGAACGUUGAGCUGGGUGAGACAAGUGACUCUAGAAGUGUUUUGAGUUAAUGCUUAAAAAUGGAGAGUAUCAAUGAUUAAUAUUCUUUACCGUAACUUAAGGAGCAAGAACAAAGUGCUCUGUUUUCUUAUUUUACCAGUCCAGUAAUAAAGACCAUUCUGUGUUAGUCUCUAGUCAUCUGUAGAGACUAAUGGAGAAAUUCUGGGUUAUGUCUGCUCAGUGAUGUACACCUACGAGCUCCUUAAAAGUGCAUGGAGAGGAUGGACAUUGUCAUCUUCACAGACCAGCAAUGCUCUAAACGUAACUGUUCUCUUGAUUGUGAAUGUUUACAGGAGCUUGAUAUGAACAAACAUUUGGUAAUUGAAAAGGGUUGACUUAGAUGGAAAAACUAGUUUCCUUAUAACUAAAGACUUUUUUUUUUUUUUUUUAAAUGCUUUUGAUAAUACAGAAUAACACUGUUUUUUUGUUUGUCUAUUUUUUACCUGUGUUUUCUUUUUUUUUUUUUCUGUGAACAAAACUGCUGGAUUUAAUAUCUGCGAUUUAUCUUCCGCUGUCUAAUUUAUUGAAUUUGCAGUCUCCAUUCUGUUACCUAACUGUUGGGAUAUGUAUAUUAGAAAGAUUGUAUAACCAUCUCAGUUGUUGGAUAGUGUUGUUUUUCCAUUAUCUUUUCAUUUCUCUCUAUCAAACUCGUCUGAUUACCAAAGAGUUUUUGCACAGUCUGCUUUAGGUAUUGUUUGUGGGUGUGCGUGCGUGCGUGCGUCAUGUUGUUUUCUAGAACCUGCAGGCACCAACAUGAAAUGUACUGUAGAAGAAGCGGUAUACUGAGUGACUGACGAUGUGAGCUCUGUCCUGGGUCCAGCUCUCUGCUAGCUCUCAUGGGGAAUCUAUGGCCUGUAUCAAACUAGUCAUUCAGAACUAGAACAGGAAAAGGAAAGUGGAUUCUGUGUUCCUUCGUAGAACUGGAAUGAAUUCUAAAAAAUGCUAGGACUUUUGGAUGGAAGUGAAAUUCCAUAAAUCUCCUUUCAGCACUAUUGCUACAAUUAAUUAGAAUAGAACUCUAAGAAAGACUGAUUUUAGAACUCUGAGAAUUAAUUCUAAUUGUAUGUAUUCUCUGCUCCCUGUCAAUAUAGCAGCCUUUUAGGAGGGUGUUUUCUGUGCUGUUGCAUUCUCCUGGUUUUGGUUUCAAUUUUAAAAGUGUUAUCUACUCCACACGGUCUUCAGUCUUCUCUAUUUAACCAGAUAAACCAGGGCCCACUGUGCUGUAACACAAGACUUUGUUUCUUUGGGCUUUUUAUAUUUCUUUUGUUCUUUCAACCCUGUCCAACUGGGAAAGGUUUUAUAUUUAAGAAAUAAAAUAAAAAUGAUUAUAAAAA